CCUACCCUUGGUCCUCUGUGAUAUACAUUAUAAUUUAUAAUAAUAUGGAAAUGGUAAAUUAAUAAAACGAGCCGAAUUGUGGUAUUUUAAAAUGUUAAUAAAUUCAAAUUUAAAAAUUGUAAGCCGAAAUAUAAUUCUCGUGCCAUAUACACCGCUACAUGUUAUAAAGUACCAUAAUUGGAUGAAGUCAAAGGAACUACAGAAUUUAACUGCAUCUGAACCAUUAUCACUAUCCGAAGAAUAUGAAAUGCAAAAAUCGUGGAAAGAAGAUGAUGAUAAAUUUUCAGAGUGCACUUUUAUCAUACUGGACAAGGAUAAAUAUUUGAAAUGCAAUGAUGAAGUUGAUUCAAUGAUUGGAGAUACUAAUAUAUUUAUAACAGAUAAAGCGUUAGCACAAGGUGAAAUUGAAAUAAUGAUAGCAGAGGAAUCAGCCAGAGGAAAAAAGUAUGGAUGGGAAGCUGUUACUACAAUGCUGUGGUUUGGAGCUAAAUAUAUCAAACUAAAAAGAUAUGAAGCAAAAAUAUCCAUGUCAAAUACAGUAUCAAUAAGGAUGUUUACAAAAUUAGGUUUCGUAGAAGUAUCAAGAAGUAAUGUUUUCCAGGAAGUGACUUUACAAAAAAAUGUUUCAGCUGACUGGGUGGAACCGUUACAAUCCCUUUAUAAAUGGGAAAUAAAAAUUAUAAAUAACUUUACUUUAUUAUAUGAUCAACAUAAACUCUAAUUAAUAUUGCUUUAGCACUGCAAGGUGUUGCAAGAGAGUUGUGUUUGUGGUGAUCAAUCAGGUGAGCAACACACUUUUGUCUUUUUACCUAUCGAAAAACAUGGAAUCUAGCUGGGACUUGGGAUAUUAUGGCUUUUAGUAAUAUAUUCUGAAUGAUCAUAAGAUCAUAGAUAAUAAUAUCUCUAAAUGGUUUUGAAAUUGCUCAAAAUAGAGCCAACUAAGUGGUUUAAGUGAGGAAACAGUAGGCCCUAUAACAAAUAGUUUUGAAUAGUAUUAUUUUUAUUUAACUUGUCAGUUUUCCAGUCUAAGGAAUUACCUAAUUACCUACUACCACUGUAUCUAUGUAUUAUUAAAAAAAAUGAUUGAACUAUGGAUAAAUAGACAUGGCAUAGGGAAUCGAAUUUCAGAAAUACAAUAAAGGCAACUUAAAGCCAAUAAAAAUAAACUUAAAAAACUUGGAUUCUAUCAGCAAACAGUAGGCAUAGAUUUAUAUAAACAGAGAUACAGUUGCUCCCAUACUAUGUAGGAAAGUGCCGUAAAUCGCAUAAGAGGAGCGACAGUGGUGAGCAGUAGGAACUAGAAGAGUUUUUAUUUAUUUUCUAGCUUCUACACUUUUUUUAACCCACGAUGGCUUUUAGUACUAGCACGAAAAAUUUUGUGUUAUGAUUUUGUAUGAACGCACUGGCUGACGUUACCUAAACUAUUAAAUAGGUAAUCUUAGAAUAUUAACGCUACAGAAGUAGCGUCGGUAACUUCAUACGAAAUAGAAAGGACAAGCUAUAUACAACUAAAGCUGAGAUAGAACGGGACAAAGCUAUUGAUCUUGCAUCUUUAUCGCAUAACCCAUGUUAACUUUGGGGCAAAUAAACAAAGAUCUGUCAUGUCAUCAAACUCGCGAAUAGUAUUUUUGAGAUUUUAUUGAAUUGAGACAUUUGGUGUGACAUACAGAUACCUUUCAACUUAUAAACGUUAAGGCCAUGGUUGGGUGUUUGUGUCUCGUUGCGAAAGCCGUAGUGUAAAAGUGAAAGUAUUGCUUUUCACCUUACGUUUUCAAUAUUGUUUGUAACAAACUCGUAUCAAAUAAAUUUUAUAUGAAAUAUUCUUUCCAAAA